GCCUACACGCAGCCCCCGCUGUGGAAGGAGGACCGAGUAACGCCAAGGAGUUUUGCGUUCACUUACAAUGUAACAUACUAAACAUUUUUGUAAACGUGGAUAACCUGUCUACCAAAUCCCAAUUGGACUAUUUCAAUUUACUGACGUGCUUGUUAACUUUUUUGUUUUGGACAAGGUGAAUCAAGUCAAAUCAUCAUGGUUUUCGGAAAGUGCAGAAUACGCACGGCCGUUUUGGCACUGCUACUUUGCGCACAGGCCGGUUUUGGCUUCUCAGUCGCCGGGCAGCAGGAAAGCACCUGCGAGGCAAACGGCAGCAUUUACUUCGUGGGGGAAUGGUAUUUUCUGGACUCUGAUCACUGCACACAGUGCGAAUGCACCGCCGAGGGCUCCGCAUGCUCCCGCACUGAGUGCACCUCUCUCCCGGCUGCGUGCAUCCAUGUCAGCCACUACCCCACCGACUGCUGCCCCAGAUGCGAGAAGAUCGGGUGUGAGUACCGCGGAGUGGUGUACGAACUGGAGCAGAACUUCCAGCCAUCAGAAUGUGAGCAGUGCACUUGUGACAGUGAUGGCAUCGCCCGCUGUCUAGUUGCAGAUUGUGCCCCUCCACCAUGCGUCAACCCUGUCUACCAGCCUGGGAAAUGCUGUCCUGAAUGCAAGGAGGGUCCUAACUGCUACACUGACGCGUCACGCAGCCAGGUGAUUCCUGCAGGAGAGCCCAUCUGGGUCGACUCCUGCACCAAGUGUCGCUGUCACGAUGGCCAGGAUGCUGGCUACUGGGAGGGAAACCGUCUUGCCACCUGUUCCCGCCUUAGAAACUGUACUCCUGAACAACCAUCCACCCAGAAAAACUGACCAAUUAUCUAUACACCUUCCAUCUCUAAGAACACACUGAAUCAUCCUGUGCAGUGAAAACAGCAGUAUAAUAGCCAGACAUAAAGCAGAACUGUACAAGAACCAAAAGUAAAAAAAAAUUCAAAUUUCAAAAACCACCAGAACAGAUAAGCUGCCAUUCCACAAGGGAUUUUCAUCCAAGAUUUCUGCAAUAGUGAUGAGACCCACUGAAUUUGUCACUUUGGUGCACAAGCCUGGCCCAUUAUCACAAGCUCUGAGUCAAUAUGUAGUUGUAAGACCUUUUAUUAUUUUAGUUAUAUUGUGCUUCUAUGGUGCAUAUUCCUAUAUAGUUGUGUUUAAUCAAAUUACCACAAAUUAACUGAGAUAUAGACACCUUGUGGGCAGGUAUUAUUACACCAACAUGGCAGUACUGGUCGGUACCUACACAAUGCAUAGAGGGUGGAUGGUGCCGGAUCAAUAGGAGGUUAAUUCAGCCAUAUGUUAAGAAGAACAAAUUCAGACAGAACAGAAGACUUCAUUCCGCCAGAGAAGGAAAAUUGUACUCCUUGAAAACAAAUGAAAAUAUGAAGGAAAACUGGAUUAAAACUCUCUUUUUGAUAAAGUGGACUGCAUAGAUGUAAAAAUAAGAUGUUUGAUUCACAGGGCCUUAAAUCCCCUCAACCCUAAUGUGAAAAACUAGAAAUAACAAACUUGCCUCUUGAAAGGUGAGCGCACUCCAGAUAUUUACCCUUUUAUCUGCCUUUUUUGUGUUGACUAGAUUAUGUUGUAAGAGAGAGAGAGAGAGAGAGAGACUGGUAAGCUUUUAUAGAAGCUACCCAGGAGGUAUUUUUAAUUUCCAGACAGCUGCUUUGGGAAACAACUAGCAACAUAAAAAAGCCAAUGAGAUUAUUGGAUGAUGAGAAAUUGUAAUUGACCUGUCACGGGUUGAUGCAUCACCCAAAUGUAUGCAUAGCUGUGAUGCAAUUUAGGCUAGGAAAUGGCUUAGCAAAGCAAUUAACAAUUUGUAACUGUUCUAUAAAUUCUGCAGUUCAAUUUCCCUGCUAAUUGAAAUAUAAACGUAUGAGACUAUACUAAUAUAUGACUGUACAGUAGGAGCAGACCGGGCGAUAUUUGAAAACAAGGUUUCAUUUAAUGGAACGACAUUUGUGCGUGUACACUGUAGAGCAGGACAAACGAUGUGUAAUUUACUGCUUUAUUAAUUGUUCACAACACAGAACAUGUAGCAUUUGAUAGAGGCAACUGUUUCCACUGUUUACCUUCAUGUACCUUCUUCAGAGUAAGCUUCAGUGCAUGAUGAGAUCGAGACAGUGUAUUGUCAUUUUAUAUAGGUAUAUAUGCAGCAGAUCUUCCUACUGUCAUUCGCUACUACUUUAAUCAAGAGGGACCUUUGAAUGAAAACCAAAAGUAAUUUUGUCUUUUUAUAUGUUUUUGUGUAGUUCUGGAGCCUUUAAUGACAUUUACUUUACUGCACGACUCCCAAGCUGCUGCUGCAUGAAGUACAUAAUUCUCCCAGAAAAGCUUCUUUAUGCAAGGGCUGGGAUUAAGGUUAAAGGGUUACACCUGAAUUUUAUUUUUAUCACAGACUUUAUGAAUGACUACGCUCUCACUGUAGUUACAACAUUUUCUUGAGGGGAGCAGUAUUCAAAUUAAACGGUGUAAGAGUGAGACUAAAUUCUUGAAUAAUCGAAAGAAACAAAGAUUAAGUAAUAGUUUGACUUUUGCUGAAAAUACGCUUAAAAGCUUUCUUGCCAAGAGUUAGAUGAGAAGAUUAAUACCCUUCUCAAGUCUGUUUGGUAAAUAUGAAGCAAGAGCCAGCAGUCUAUCUGUCCAAAGAUAACUAAAUCCAACAAGCAUCUUUGAAGGUCAAUAAUAAACUCUUUAUAUCUUGUUUGUUUAAUUUGUACAAAAUCCUGUACAUGUUGGUUUAUAUAGGGAUUAAACAAACAAGAUGUAAGGUGAAGUGAGAUUGGUAUGUGCUGACUUUUAUUACCUAUGGAUAGAGGCUGGCUGUUCCCCCAUUACCAGUCUUUAUGCUAAGCUAAGUUAGCAUUACAUUUACUAUACAGACAUGAGAGUGGUGUCAAUUGUCUCAUGUAACACUCAGCGUAAAACAAAAACAAAAUGUCAAACUAUUUCUUUAAGUACUGGCUAAAAUAAAAGGGAACUGUUAUGAGUCACAUCUAAAAAAACAUCCUUGUAUCAAGCUGGUAAAAAACACCGGCUUUACGGAAAAUCUUGUAAAAUAUCUCAAAUUAAAACACAUUUUCAAAAAUCUCU